GGUUAUUCAAAUCAAGUUAAGCAAAUGCCUAAACAUUUAAGCCGAAUGACUCAACUUCAAACACUUUCUAUUUUUGUAGUUGGGUUUGAGGAAGGACGUAAGAUUGAGGAGCUUGGACCUUUAAAAGACCUUAAAGGUAAAUUAAGCCUUUUACAUCUCGAGCAAGUCAAAAGUAAAAAGGAGGCCAAGGCUGCAAAUUUAGUACCGAAGGAAAAUAUUUCUGAUCUACUUUUUGAAUGGAGUGUUGAAAGAGAAGACUGUGAUGACAAUGAUUUGAGUGUGUUAAAAGGGCUUCAACCACACCAAAACCUUCAAGCAUUGAGAAUUCGUAAUUUUGCUGGUGAACUUCUGCCCACCUGUAUUUUUGUUGAAAACUUGGUUGAGCUACAUCUAGACUACUUCAAAAAAUGUGAAACUUUACCGAUGCUCGGUCAGUUAUCCAAACUUGAGGUUCUUAAAAUUAACGAGCUCAGUGCUGUAAAAAGUAUUGGUUGCCAAUUUUAUGGGAAUUAUUGUGAUAGCAGAACUUUAUUUCCGAAACUGAAAAGACUUGAUAUUUUGCAAAUGGACAAUUUAGAGCAAUGGGAAGAAGUUACUGCUUUGACAAAUUCCACGGCUUUUCCUCAUCUCGAAAGCUUAACUAUUUGUUCUUGUCUCAAACUAAAGAAUAUUCCAAAUAUUUUUACAACUCAUGGUCAGAGGUUGGAGGCUGACACGGUUAAUGCAAGAUUGUUUUCAAGCUUUCAAAGUCCACCAAAGCUUCAAUCUCUAUGCAUUUAUAACUGUACAAGUUUGAUAAAGCUACCAAACUGGUUGGAAUUCUGUAGCUCACUCGUCGAUUUGUGCAUAGGCGACUUUCAUGAUGAUAUUUCCCCUUCAAAAUUGAACCCACCAAAUUUGCAAAAUAUGCAGAACUUGUCAUCGUUAAGACUCGAAAACUUUCAUAACUUGCCCGAAGGACUUGGUCGUAUUCAUAACUUGAAAACAUUAGUAGUUGAAGGGCCAAUGCAGGAUUAUGAUUGGAGUCGAUUCAUACCCUUCAAUUCACUUGAAGUUCUUGAGUUGCAUGAAAUAAGAACCGUUAAUUUAACACAGCUUCCUCGACAACUUAUGUUCCUCACUACUUUAAGAUCGUUGUAUAUUAACAAUUUUAAUGGCCUUGAAUCUCUGCCAGAAUGGUUGGGAAACGUUACAUCUUUGGAGACAUUAGAGUUAUGUUUGUGCAAAAAUUUAAAAAAUUUGUCCUCGAAAAAAGCUAUGUCAAAUCUAACCAAAUUGAAUCGUUUGAGAGUGCUUGGAUGUUCUCAGCUUGAAGUUGGUGAAGGUGACGUUGAACGAGAAAAAGUUUCUCAUGUACCCAAUAUCUUUGUAUUAUAACACAACUACUUUAUGAUGGUUUCUUUUCUUCA